CUCGCUCGCUCCUGGCCGUCGACAAAAAAAAAACGCAAACCUCUCUCUCUCGCCCUGCCAUGAUGGGAACAUCCCACUUCUCGUGAUCUACCAUGCCUUUCGGUAACACAAUGUCCUUCUCAGCUCUUCUCACAUCGCACUGGCAGGAGCUGAGGAAGGCGAAGCUUGCGGAGGAUUCCAUCAUCGUCAACGGUCGGACUCUGACUUUGGGCGCCGUGGUGGCUGUGGCAAGAUCCACUGACCCCAAGCUCAACAUCGAUGCCACUGCCCUGGCAGGGAUCCCGGUAUCGGCGGACUUGAUCAUCAACAGCAUCUCGCGGGGCCAAGUCAUAUAUGGCGUGAACACUGGCUUCGGCGGUAACGCCGACACCCGUGUUGUCCUUGCCGUCGUCGAGGCCCUGCAGCGGGCUCUGAUCCGCAGCAAGCACUGCGGCAUCUUGCAGCCGGCCCUGCGCUCUCAGGACCAGCACGCUACUUCCAACGGGACUCGCAAUGGCCAUGUCAAGGCGCACUCGCUCCAGUUGUCCAUCCCGCUUGACCACCCCGAGGCAACGACCUGUAUGCCCGAGUCGUGGGUACGGGCAACAAUGCUAAUCCGGCUCAACUCGCUUCUGGGUGGUGCCUCGGGUGUACAGCCUGUCACCGUCGAGACCCUGGUAAGCCUCCUGAACAACGACAUCGUCCCCCUGAUGCCGCUGCGGGGAUCCAUCUCAGCCUCGGGUGAUCUCAGCCCCCUGUCCUACAUCGCCGGCGCGAUGCAGGGCGCCCCAGGACUGAGUGUAUAUACUGGAAGUCGCAGCAGUGACGGGCGGAGGUGCGUCCGGGCGGACAAGGCCCUUGGUGAGGCUGACAUUAAGCCUAUCCACCUCGGUCCGAAAGAGGGUCUGGCCAUAGUCAACGGGACAGCCGUGUCCGCAGGCGUGGCUUCGCUGGCGCUUCACGAGUCUCUCUGCCUAGCCGGCCUCUCGCAGGUGCUGACGGCCAUGUCAGUCGAGGCCUUUUUGGGCACGGAUGAGAGUUUUGACCCCUUCAUCGCCGAGAUGCGGCCACACCCCGGCCAGGUCGACUCGGCGAGGACCAUACACGCCUUUUUGCGAGGCUCUAAGCUGGCCCGUCACAACGAUGGCAAGGACAGUGUGCUCAGGCAGGAUCGGUAUUCGCUCAGGACAGCAUCGCAGUGGAUUGGGCCUGUGCUGGAGGACUUCUCGCUGUCAUACGACCAACUGACAACCGAAGUCAACUCGGUCACCGACAACCCGCUGGUGGACACGGCCCGGGGAAGGAUUCUGCAUGGCGGCAACUUCCAGGCCAAGGCAGUCACCUCGGCUGUCGAAAAGCUGCGCCAGGGCCUACAAUCGCUGGGCCGCUUGCAUUUCGAGCAGUGCAAGGAUCUAUUCAACCCGGACACUAACAGGGGCCUGCCUCCGAACUUGGUGGUCGACGAGCCAUCCGGUUCGUAUCUGUGGAAGGGGGUCGACAUCAUGACGGCAGCCGCAACCUCGGAGCUAGGCUUCCUCGCUGGCAACGUUGGCGCCCACGUCAUGACGGCCGAGCUCGGGAACCAGGGUAUCAACUCUAUUGCUCUGAUCUCGGCACGCUACACCCUGAUGGCAGUUGAGUGCCUCUCCCAGCUGAUGGCGGCGCAUCUUCUAGCUCUUUGUCAAGCCCUGGACCUUCGUGUCAUGUGGGAGGAGUUUCGUUGCGACUGGCGGCCUUCGUUCGACCGGCUCUUUAGGGAGUCCUUCGGCGGCAUGUUCCCAGAUGGGGCCAUGGCCGAUCUGGCAGCACUCCUCUGGGCCGUCUUCUUCAACCCUGAGAGCUUCAACCGGCGAAAGGACUUGCGAGACAUGUUCAACCAAGCCUCACGGGCCAUGCUAGCACCUAUCAUGGAGAUGCUUGGCAAGUUCUCAGCAGAAGACACGAAAUCGUUUCCGGUGCUGGAGCUACAGAAGUUUGUCCGCGACUGCAGCGCGAGCGCGUCUACUCAAUUUCUGGAAACGCGUACCAAGUAUAGACGGGCCGCAGCACGGGCGGCGCUAUAUCUGGGCGGCGCGACACAGCGAAUGUAUCUGUAUGUUCGCAGGGAUCUUGGCGUGCCGUUUCUGGGUGAGGAGGAGCUGGAGUCGGCGACACCGACCACAAUCAACGGGUGCGGCGACGGCGUCGAAACCAACGGGGCGACCAAACACUACCCAGGGACCUUCCUCCCCGACGCGACCCCAACGGUCGGAUCAUACCUUACCACAAUCUAUGAGGCGAUCCGGAACGGCGAGCUCUACGGCGAGGUGGUGGGCUGCUUCGAGGAGGUAAAGCUGGAGUGA